AUGUAAAUUGCUAACGACGAGUAUAUUAUUCCAAAUCUACUUCAAGGAAUCGAUAUCAGAAAUCAUGAAAUCUCGACACUAUCCUAAACCCUAGAUAGAUUGCAUUUUAUUAAGGGUUUGCAUGAGGAAGACAAUUUACGAUUGAGAGCUAUAAUCACUGAUAUGUAAUAUAAUUUUGAAGCACUUGUGGCACAAAAAAAUAUUGAAAUCUCUAGGCUUAGUGGAAGAGUCAAAUAUUUAGAACACGAACUUUAUCAAAUGAAUAGAUUGGGUUAAGAUAAAUUUCAAAAUUCUAACAAGGUUGAAGCUGAACCCCCAAAACUUAGAGAAUUGGAAAAAGCAAUGAAACAAAAGGAUUAAUAAAUUUAAGACAUUACUAAUUAGCUUUAAUAACUUAUGACACAAUUUGCAAAUAGAAAUUAAGACUCUGGUUCAGAAAUAAAAAAGAUUUCAAAAGACUCGAAAGAGUUGAAUUUGCCAUUUUUAGUUGAAAAUGAUAACUUAAAAAAACUAAACGCAGAAUUGAAUCGUUAAGUUAAAAAUAUGAAUGAUGAAAUCAAUACUUUAAAAUCUGAAUUAAAUGAAGCAAAUGCUGAAUUAGCCAGAAGAGAACGAAAAUUAAGAGAAUAUUUAUUAAUUGAUAAAAUGCGUGCUGAAAGGGAUGAAGAAGUCAAAUAAAAUUUAUAACCUGUUUAUGUCAAAGUGUCAGAAGAUAAAAAUCUAUUAGAUGGAGUCUUGGCUUUGAUGCAUUAUAUGAGAGAAUCUAUCACAGAUAUCAUAUUUGAAAUAUUUGUCAGAUCUGCUAACCAAGCUUUUAAUAGAAAAUAGAGUUCUGCCAUUUUGUUUUCAAUAAAUACUAAAGAAUUAAAAAAUAGAAAUGUGAGAGGUUUUCUCAUUGUUCUAUAUUUAUACAGAAAAAUGAAGAAAUUUAUUAAAAUAUAUUUUCCUUAUUAUGGAAAAUUGAUUUUAAAUGAUCACAUGGCUAGAAUAGCACUUGGAGAAGAUGAAUAUCAUUUAUCUGAGCGAAGAGAUGGUACGAAUCUUUGGUUGGAGGAGUGUUUAGCUAAAUUAUCAAUUCAAAAGCGAAAAAGUGAUAAGAAUAAUGAAGAGGAUGCUGAAUAUCAGCAUUUAUUUAGACUUCUAUCAUUAAGAUAUAGAUGCAAAUAUCCCUUGAAAGGAAAUGAAGAAAUGAGAGUUGAUUUAGACAUAAGAGUAAGAUUAGAGAAUAAAAUAUGUAAUUCACUUUUAAAAUUAUUUAUUGAUUGA